AUGAUCUCUACUCGCUGCUGCUGCCCGUCAACAAGCUUGCACCGGACAAGCGCGCUCCGCUCCCUCUCGGUUGCCGCCUCCCCACUUCAUCGGCUUGCGCAACCCCGACGACGGCCUCUCGAGCGACUAGCAGGAUUGCAAUGGCGUGUGCAGGACGGUCUGAGAACCCUGGCGACUGUCGGCGGACAGAGUAGGGGGUACAGCGACGACCAGCACUUUCGGACGCAGCAUGGCAGCAUUCGUGUGAACCUGAAAUCGAAGCAGGCCGUCGGAGUCGCCCAGUCGCGAGGAGAACGACCAUACCAAGAAGACGCAUAUUCAGUACACUCGCUCGCUCUGCCGCAGUCCAUGCUGCGAUGGAACGUCGUCGACGACCGGUUAGGAACGGGUUGGACGCCGCAGAACCUCGAGGGCUUUGAUGGAGAGGUGCGAGAAGGCGAGGAAGAGCGGCGGCGACAAGUAGCUUACUUUGGCGUCUUUGACGGCCACGGCGGCGACCUGAUCUCCCGCUACCUACGCGACACGCUCCCCACCCUCCUCGAAUCAACAACCGCAUCCGAGAUCCCCGCUCUGAUCGACCAGUACCGCGAGCUUGGGGGCUACUUGAAGCGGUACCGCGGUGGACCGCUCGAUCGGUUCAGGAAGGGCAGUGAGGCGUUCAGCGAGUGGCGUGGGAUGGGACUGGACGAGUUGGCUGUGUUGGCGUUCUUGAAGGCCGACAACCACGUCGUGCACUCUCCCGAGCUCGAGAAGGGCGGCUCAACAGCCACAGUCGCCUUCCUCCACUCGCUCGACCUGCCCUACUCCCUCCCCUUCUACGCUUCGUCCCUACUCUCGCUCACCAUCGCCCACCUGGGCGACACCUCCGCACUCCUCUGCUCCACGCACUCCGGCCGCGUCAGGCGUCUCACAGAAGCGCAUCACGCGGAUUCGCGAACCGAGAGCGAGCGGUUGAGGACGAGCGGGACGGGGAUCAUCACGGAUAGUUUUGGUGAGAGCAGGUGGGGUGGAGUUGUGGCUAAUACGAGGGCGAUUGGGGAUAGGGAGUUCAAGCCUGUGGGCGUGAUUGGGGAACCGGAGAUCGUCAAGCGGGUUAUCAGAGGCGACGAAUUCGCGGCCUUGAUCCUCUGUUCCGAUGGGAUCACCGACACCCUCUCGGACCAAGAGAUCGUCGACCUCACGCGUGGGAUCCGGGACCCUACGAGGGCAGCGAGCAAGAUCGUUUCGUUCGCCGAGGACUGUGGCGCGGAAGACAACCUCACGUGCCUCGUCGUCCCCCUCCCCGGCUACCUAAAGAUGGGCGGACUCGACUCGACUGCAAGCAGGAGGGAGUACAGGCUCAGAGGGGCGGAUGGGGCGAGUAGGAGGCAGAAGAGGAUGUGA